CACACACACACACCAGCGCUGGAGUCAGUUUUACUCGGGUGCUCGGGUGAGAGUCACUCACACACACACACACACACACACACAGAGACAGAGGGAUGGAGACGUGGCUGCGUGUUUCAGUCUGCCUCGUCCUGAGCUUCAUACACACAGUGUUUGCCAACGUGAUCUAUCUCCACGCCCAGUGCAACGCCUCCGUCGUGCUCUCCUGCGUGUCUCCUAAAGAGACCAUCAAGCCGUUUGCGUUUUCUCUGAACCGCUCCUGGCUGAACAAGGAGGAGGUCUUCUACCACAACUUCGAUACCAUGCCCAGUGUCAAAGACGACAGGCUGAGGAAUCGCAUCACGGACCAGACUGAUGGCAGCAGGAGGGUCGUGAACGUGAGCAUCGAGAACCUGCAGAGCUACGACACCGACAUGUACGAGUGUGUGUUCUACGAUGAAACAUACACCGACUUUGAGAACUUACCAGGGGGGACCAAGUUCCUCUUGUACGUCCAGGAGCCGUGCCCGAAUCUGUGUACCUGCACCCUGUACACUCCGCUGCUGUUCUCUCUGUCCGCUGCAGCAGGACUGCUCUUCUUCAUCAUCCUCAUCCUCACUGCAGUGCACUGUGUGAGGACGGGGGACGGAGGUCAGAUGAAGGUGCCACUCCCGAUUCCGAUCUACGAGGAGAUGAACGGCAUGCGAGAGAAGGGGAACUCUCGCGCUCUCGACGACGACAUCUCGGCUCUCUACGUCCGGCCGAAGAAAGAGAAUCCCUACAGCAACUGAGGAGUGACCCCUGACCUCCGACCUGUACACGACCCCGGGAGAAACCUCAGAUCUGCCCAGAGCUUCAGUCACUAAAGGGUUAAUAUUGAGGGCGUUUUAAUGACAUCACAAGAGCAGACCGAUGUAUUAUUCAUGGCAUUAUGAUUAAUAUUAAUAUUAAUGUAGAGCAUCUUUUACACAUUUAUCACACAAAAAAAAAAUUAAAUAAAUAAUAAAUAAAAUAAAUAAAUAUAUAUAUAUAUAUAUUAAUUAAAAUCAAUAAAAAUAAAUAAUAAUUAAAAUAAUUAAUUAAUGCUUAAUUAGCUAGUAAUUUGAUAUUGAAAUAUGUACGAUUAAAAAUGUUCUCUGUGGAAACUUAAAACUAACUAAUACUUUAAUAACAUUUAAAUAACAUAAUCUUUUUAAUAAAAAUCUACUUUUAAAUUAAAAUCUUUAUACUUUUUAACAUUUAGAUUCUUUCCAUUCAGUAUUUCCUUUAUAUAUAACCAAGAGAUCGGGAGAGGGAUUAAAAACUUUUUUUAAAAUGUUUUUAUAAAAUAUUUUUUUUAAUUUUGAACCUUUAAUGUUUUAAAUCUAUAUUUACUUUUUGUUCUUCUUCUUCUGCUGCUGUAUAAAGUCAGUGAGUUCAGAGUUCUGCUGAAAGCCGUAAACAGGACACGAGUACGAAAAAAAACCUGAGUCACACCCAUGUGUGUGUGUGUGUGUGUGUCUGUGUGUGUUUCGUGGUUUCCUCUAUUUAUUUACCUCCUCCACCUGCAGUGUGUGUGAGGAGCGCGACACACGACCUUCAGGUUCAUAAACUUUAAUGUUUGUCUUUAUUGAUGUUUAAACUUAAAUCAGCGCUGAGAGAGAGAGAGACGGGGGGGGAUGCUGUCGCAACCGUCUCUCUCUCACACACACACACACACACACACACACACACACACACACACACACACACACUCCUGCACUUAUGAAAUCUCUGAACACUUGUGUAAUAUCAGCAUGUUAUUGUUUUAUAAUGAUGAAAAGCAUUACGGAGACGUUGGCCGUCUGCACACCGUCUGCACACCGUCUGCACACCGUCUGCACACCGUCUGUCUCUCACACACACUGAAACGCUUCGCUGUGUCGCUCAAAACCUUCUGCUUCGACUUCAAACAGAAAUAAAAGCUGCAGUGAAACAAACACAAA